AUGACUCGCAAAAUAGUGUAUUCAGUCGCCCUCGGCAUCUUCGUGUGUAAUGCCUCUUCCACAGCCACCGCCCUAACACUCACCUCGCUCCUGACGACGCACUGGGUGACCUACAGCGUGACGGCAUCCACGGGCUCGACCUUCUCGAAGCGUCUGGGCCUACACGAGAGCUGCUCCUCGGUCGCCGACCCGGCGUGCCGCCCGUUCCCCAGCGACGACGACUGCCGCGACGACAAGACGUUCUGCUCGCUGUGGCGCACCAGCGGCUUCCUGCUGUCCUUCGCCACCAUCGUCGAGCUCGCCACCCUCGUCAGCUUCCUCGUCGUGCUCGCCGGCGGCAAGUUCAAGCGCGAGGGCGGCUGGAUGUUGAUCGGGGGCCUCCUGUGCGCCGAUGCCGUGGUUGAAUUUGCGAGCAUGGGGAUUGUGGCUUGGCUAUUCGACCACGACUCGCAGUUCGUCGUCCCGGGUUGGACCCUCGACUACUCCUUCUACCUAUGCGCGUUCAGCGCGGGCGUCUCCGUCUUGCUGGCCGCUGUCCUGGCUGCUUCGGCAUACGUCUUGCCCCCCGAGGACGACUACGAGUAUCUCGAAGACCCGCUGGAUUCCUAG